CCAAGGAAUAAAGAAGAAGAUAUGGGGACCAAAGAAAUCAUAGUAUUCCUUGCACUCUUCAUCCAUUUAACAUCAUCAUCAUCUCCUUUGAUUCUGGCAAGCUCAGAAGAUGAAGAUGAUCAGUACAAGAGAAUAGGCAAUCGGAUCAAUUUUGGCGCCGGUGGAGGUCGUGGCAGAUCAGAAGGUUCUUCGGGCAAUGGUAAUCAAGGAAGAAGCGAAGGCGGAGGAGGAGCGGCAAUGAUUCCACUGUACACAGCCGGAGCCGGUGCUGGCAGUCAUCAUCACCGUAAAAGUUCAGGAAGUUACCGGCAGGUGGAUCUUCCUGUCUUAGGAGCAACAAUAUUGGCAUCUUUUCUUCUACACAUGUAUAUGCAAUAUUAUUACUAACUUAUUAUUUAUCACCCCCUUUCACUCCAUAUUAUAAAUUAUUUAUAUCAAUAGUGAAUGAAAGGUUAAUUAGUUUAAUGUCAUCAGCUCUAAUAUAUA